AGCUAGAGAUUCCAGUCAGGUGGAUCAACGGUACUCUAGUUUAUCUUGUUUCCCCAUUUCCCGCUAAUCUCUGUCUUCGAACCCUUCUUCUCUCUCUGUGCGCUAAAAUGGCCAAAAAGACCCGUUCUUGAAUUCUGAUUGACCCAAAAAAAUCCAUUCUUGAAUUCUGAUUGACGAAGAAAAACCAAUUCUUGAAUCUCAGAGUUUAGAGAAGAAGUUCGGGCAACAAUGGAGAAUUCCCGUCGUCCGAAUUACCUGGUGAACUGGGGUUCAAGAAUUGUCUACAAGUUCAUGUCCGACGACCCAAUCGGCAGAGACUCCGACGGCUCUCCGGUGUACAGAGUCGCCUACUCCGUCGUCCACGAGACUUCCGGCGAAAGGAUCUUCGUCACCCAUGAAUUCCUCGCCAUGAAGGCCGUCAAUUCCGGUUCCCCUGUACCCGAAACCCUUUCAAGAAACCUGAACCUGCCCGGAGACCACAAGAAUCUGACCCGAAUUGAGGCCCUCUUCGUCGACGGCGCCACCGGCGACCUCUGCAUCGUCAUUCCGUUCUUCGAGCCCGGCUCUCUCCGAUCAGCCAUGGCCGCCAAAUUCCCCCACGGGCUACCGGAGGACUGCAUUUCCGUUUCCCUGAGAUGCGCUCUGAAGGCCGUCAGAUUUCUCCACCACGCCGGGAACCUCCACAGAGACAUAAACGCCGGGCACAUCUACCUGAAGAGUGGCCCGCAAAUCAAGCUGGGCUUCGGGGCCACCCUCUACGAGCACGGGGCUUCCGCUUCCCGGGCAGAGUGUUCGUCUUCUUCUUCCCUGCCCGCCACCGGGAUUUCGACCUGGGCAGCUGCCCCAGAGGCAUACAACGGCCACCGCUACUCCGAGAAAUCGGACAUUUGGCUCGUUGGAAUCACAGCUCUGGAACUGGCCUACGGAAGGGUCACAGUCCCCAACCGCGAAGCCCUGGAAAUGACAAUCAGGACAAUAACCGGGACGAAAAGGCUUCCGAAGAAGCUCGGACCGGAGGGGCAGCAUCGGGCAGUAGCAGCGGGCAGGGAAGACAUCAAGGGAAAGGCAAAGAUGGAGAGGACAGAUUUCGAAGAAGAAGAAGAAGAAGAAGAAGGGUCUUCGUUUUCCAGGGAGUUUGGGGACUUUGUGGCACAAUGCCUGGCAUGGAACCCGGAAUCAAGGCCUUCCGUUGAUGCCCUUCUGAACCAUGGUUUCUUAUGCAAAAAAGGGCUGAAGAGGUGGGAGUUGAAGUCACACUUCCAAGACGUUCUGAUUCUAAAGAUGAAAAAGUUCAAAGCAUUAGAGCCUACUAACUGGACGGACCAAAAAUCUCACAUUUCCAUCCCGGGCUCCACUGAACCAGAAUCACCUGUUCCCAUAAGUGUUUACAAGCCACCUGAUUCGAAUCUCGGUUCCCUCAGACCCCGACUCGACGUACCCGAAAGCCCUUCUCCAGCUUCUGCUGUUCCAUUCAAGCUCCGCUUCAAGGGACCCAAGAGAAAGUUGUCGUACGAGGAAGACGAAGAAGGCAAGCCAGAUGAAGAAAGAAGACCCAGAAAGCUUCAAGGCACGACAGACGAAAGAGCGGUGGUGGAAAUACCAGUCCAAGCCCAAGAGAAGAGUGCCUCCUUCAGCUCGUGGUUGAAUGGAGAUAACUUAGCCCAAGGCGAUCAAGCUGAGGUUUCAAGCUCCUUUUCAUUCCAAUUAUCAGCUCAUCAUCCACAGGCAGAGUUCCUGGAGGACCCCGGGACCCACGACGUGUACCGGAUCACUGACCGGAUCGGAGUUUCGCUGCCCGAUAACUUCCCCGUGUUCCGGGCAGCCUACUUGGAGCCCGUGCUCAAAGACGACAACCCGCACGCCAGAUCGUUUGUCCACAGCAAAUUCGUCUCCAUCAAGAUUGUGAAUUCCCUCCGGGAGAGAGCGGGUUACUGGAAGCUGAAGCACGUGGAUGUGCAGCGAAGCGACGACCUGCUCUACAAGCACAGCAGCUUCGUGAACGUGGAUGCCGAUUUCCUGGACAUGGGUUCCUGGGAUUACUGUGUUGUGAUGGGAUUUGCAGAGUAUGGCUCCCUGAGGACGAUCAUGGCAGAGCAGUUCCCGGGCGGGCUGCCCGAGGCGUGCAUAUUGUUGGUGCUGAGAAGGGUUCUGGAAGGGGUCAGUUUCCUCCACAGUGGCUGUGACGUCCACGGGGAGAUCAAUGCGGGCCACGUUUACGUGUUCGAGGGGCCGGGGAUCAGGCUGGGGUACGCGGCCACGGCGUACGAGCACGGGUGCCCGGGCUCCGGGGCGCUGCCCGAGGUCGGGAUCUCGGACUGGGCAGCUGCCCCGGAGGUUCGCAACGGGGAGGAAGACUACUGCGUGACGCAGAAGGGGGACGUGUGGCUGGUCGGGAUACUCGCGUUAGAGCUGGCUUACGGCAGGCUCCCGAGCGGGGAAGCGCUCCGGGGGAUGAUCGGAUGGAUUAGCGUGAUGAGGAGGCUUCCCGGGAGGAUCCCGGCAGCGGAGGAAGGUGGAGGAGGGGAGGAGGAGGAGGAGGGGCGGCGGUUCAGCCCGGAGUUUGAGGAAUUCGUGGCGGCUUGUCUGGUUUGGGACGCGGCGGAGAGGCCGACGGCGUCUGUUCUUUUGACUCAUGAGUUCUUCACGGAGUGUGGGAUGGAGAAUGGUGAGUUGGAGGCUCUGUUUGAUCGAGUUGUGAUUGACAGAUUUAGAAAGUGAUUAACCCAACCCCCUCCCCCUAAUCAUACCCUUCCAAAAAAAAUUGUCAAGCUCGUAGCUUAUUAUGGAGUGAUAUAAAGAUUGUUGUAAAUAUGAGACUUAAAUGCAUUUCAUUUGCAUCUACUACACGUUUAUAUUCAUGGAAUGCCAUGAAUUAUAGAGUACACCAAUUAAAAUGUCAUCAUUGGU